AUGGCGACUCCACACAGGCACGGCCACACCUCCAUGAGAUCUGGCCAUCCUGGCCAAGGGGUGCGGCACGUGACGGCGCAACGAUUGAAGCGGAGGCGCAGAGCAUGGUGGCAAGCAGCAGCGCCGCCGGCUGCCGCACAACCCGCAACCGGCAAGCCCCCAGUGGGCAAGGGCCAGGGGCACGAUGCGCACGGCCGCAGGAGAUGGCGAGCCGGUGGCCUUGGCGGCUCUGCGGCUGCCGGCUGGCGUUUGGGUGCGGCCGCAAGGCAGCAGCCAGCAGGCGUCGCAGCAGCAUUUCGGGCGGGCAGCGCUGCAGCGGCAUUGCGGUAG